GCACCAUGGAUCAUUGCGGGAUUCCAUAUUAAUUCGAAAACUUGGAAGUGGAUUCAAUAAUCUUGCUAUUAAUUCGAUUGAUUAUCACCCAGUAGCAAGAUUGCUGAUUGGUGGUGGAGAUAGUCAAAAUUUACUUUUAAAAGAAUUGGAAUAA